CCCAGGGACAGCUCUGCCUGUACCUCAGCACUUGGGAACUACCUGCCUCUGAGGCUUUGAGCAGCAGUGUGUGGAAGAGCCCAGGACUCUGCCCAAAGAAGAUGAGAAAAAGACAAAGCUGAGCUCUGGGGCUGGAAGGAGUCCAGGGUGGCUGACGCAGACACCUUCAGGGCCCUGUGGGGCACUUUCUGCUAGGCUGUUCUGCCACCAGUCACUUUCCUUUAUCAUGCUGCAGACUGCCCCUCCUCUGGGCCCCCUCUUCCAGGAGCUGCUGGUGGGACUGCUAAGAAACAUCUGCGCAUUUGAGGGGGCUGUUUGGCAGGGCUGGGAGAAGCUUUCAGAGGAAGAGAUCUCCUGAGGCCGCGUCAUGCUUGUCCUGGCUCUUUGUCCAGACUUUUGCGAGGGUGCUAACUUGCCCAUGGCUUCUUGCGCCAGCCGUGAGACCAGCCAUUACUGGUCUUCCUCAGGAGGCCUCUCCUGGCCCCCAGGGAAUGAGAAGUAGCAGACUGCACCUGCCACGCCUGCCCCACUGUUACCUUCAUCCCCCGGCACAGCAGCGCAUGAAAUUCACUCAGCAUGGAGCUGCAGGGGCUUGACGGACCGGGGACGCCUGUCCGCAGGUGCCGGUGGCCGAGUGGCUUGGGGCCUGCAGAGCCUUGAAGUGGCACUAGGUGGCACUCUCACACAGGGGAGUCCCAGCAAGGUGGGAGGACCCAGUGUGGCUGGAAGGGACCUCAUUCAGGGUGGGAACCUAAACUUACCAAAGGAUUUUUGUUUUUCCCAGAAAUCGUUUUUAACUAUUGUCUGGAAUCUAGAAGGCAUUUCCUUACCGAAACAUACGUGGUGGAAGUCAGACUAGAAGGCUGAUCUCAGGACAGACCUGUGGGCUGGCUUACAAGUUUUCUAAACACCAGUCUGCCCGAGAGGCUUACAGUGGUUAAAAAGGGACUCCGGUAGACGUGGGGUGGCCUGUUGCUCAUUUUACAGGGAGAGCAUUGGUGUUCCAAAGGCUGCUUAGCAAAUGAGAACCUGGGCUUUUGUCUUCCUCCCCCCGAGUGUAACUUGGACUAGGCCUGGUCUGGAAGUGCCGGCAGCUUUGGGGGAAGUCAGAAUGGUCCUCCAGGAUCUUUCUGGUUCUGGAAUUUAGUGUUGCCAGGAUUCUGUGUUAUCUUCCUGUGCUUUAACUCCUUUUUAUCCCGUCUUUACGGUGUGUUUGCUUGGAGCUCUGGGGUGAGAAGGGGUCUUAAGCCUCACUGAGGCUCAGAGAAUGCUGUGGGCCCAGACUAGGAAACUGCGAGGUGCAGCCCAUGUUGGGUAUUCACCAGCCGUGUGCUGGAACCUAAGUCCCAGGGGGGCUCCCUGCUUCCGUGUUCCUCCUGUGCAUUGUGGGUGUCCCAAUAUUAUGGAAGUCCAUGAGGAGGGACCCUGUCUUCUGGCCUUCUCCCCGCUGCAGCAUCCCAGGUCUGUAGCUUGUCACAGAGCACUUGCUGGGAUGGACCCAGAUGAGGACAGGUGCACGAAUUCCUCCCACCCCCCUCGAGGCCAGAAGGGACUUUUUCCUUACUGUGUCUGGUUCCCUGGCCUGGCCAGAUUUUGUGUGGCAGGGGUUUUGUAUGGUAGGGGUGUCUGCCUGGAGGAGAGGGGGCGGGGGUGGGACUGGGGGCAGCUUGUACCUUCAGGAUGGCAAAGAGCCAGGACUUAGAUACUGUGUGUGUGCUUCAAGGGCUAGAAAAGGUGCCUGGAGGUGGCUUUCUGCUCAGUCCCAGGAAGCUGGCCCUGGGUGAGGUCAGCCGCAUGUGGAGGCCUGGGACUAUUUACCUGGGUCGGGGUGGGCAGGGAGGACGGUCCCGGCCCAAGAGGUGUUGCCAGGAAAUCCCGUGACCGGCGGGGGCUGGUCCCUGGGCCGCAGCCCCUCCUCUUAAAGGGGCCCUGGGCACGGUGGCUGGGCCUGGCUGGAGGGAGGAGCCGUCUGUCUGCCGGUGUCCGGUAUCCGCCCUUUGCCCCCGCCCCCAGGCGGUCUGAGUGGCCAAAGCCGAGUCCCCGCCCGCCGAGGCUUCCUCCCCGGAGCGGUGCCUCCCUGAGAGUCGGUGCCUGAAGCCCAACGGAACGGGACCACCUGCGGCCCUGACCUCUAACCUGCGCCCCGUGAGCCGGCGGGACCCAGGCACGCCGGGAAGCGGCCCACCAGCCACCAGGCGGCCAGCCCGAGGAGUGGUGACAGCGCAGGAGCUUCUGGCUUGGGGGGAAGGGAGGAAGGAGGAGAAACAAAGGCGAGUGUGCCUGGUGCCGCCCACCAUGUGUCAGUCAGAGGCACGGCAAGGACCUGAGCUCCGAGCGGCGGCGAAAUGGUGAGAUGCUGCCGCCCCCGUCCUAACCCCACUGUGCCCCGCCACGACCUCCGGAAGGUCAGAGUUCACGUCCAGCAGCCCCGCAGUGGAGGUGGCGGCAGGGGGCCAGGGGAUCAGCCCCCGAGGCUGGAGGGGCCCGGCCCAGGGGGCCUGAGUCGGAGAGCCCGCUUCAGGUUGCACUUCCCUCAGCUGGCCCUGAGGCGGAGGCUGGGACAGUUGAGCUGUAUGUCCAGACCCGCCCUGAAACUGCGCUCCUGGCCCCUGACGGUCCUCUACUACCUCCUGCCCUUCGGUGCCCUCAGACCGCUCAGCCGGGUGGGAUGGAGGCCCGUGAGCAGGGUGGCCCUGUACAAGUCGGUGCCCACGCGCCUGCUGUCGCGGGCCUGGGGCCGCCUCAACCAGGUGGAGCUGCCGCACUGGCUGCGCCGGCCGGUCUACAGCCUGUACAUCUGGACGUUCGGCGUGAACAUGAAGGAGGCCGCCGUGGAGGACCUGCACCACUACCGCAACCUCAGCGAGUUCUUCCGGCGCAAGCUGAAGCCGCAGGCCCGGCCCGUCUGUGGCUUGCACAGCGUGAUCAGCCCGUCAGACGGGAAGAUCCUGAACUUCGGGCAGGUGAAGAACUGUGAGGUGGAGCAGGUGAAGGGGGUCACCUACUCGCUGGAGUCGUUCCUGGGUCCGCGCACCUCCACGGAUGACCUGCCCUUCCCGCCAGCCACCCCCUGCGGCUCCUUCAGGAACCAGCUGGUCACUCGAGAAGGGAACGAGCUCUACCACUGUGUCAUCUACCUGGCCCCCGGGGACUACCACUGCUUCCACUCCCCCACUGACUGGACCGUUUCCCACCGGCGCCAUUUCCCAGGCUCCCUGAUGUCCGUGAACCCCGGCAUGGCCCGCUGGAUCAAAGAGCUCUUCUGCCACAACGAGCGGGUGGUCCUCACUGGGGACUGGAAACAUGGCUUCUUCUCACUGACGGCUGUGGGGGCCACCAACGUGGGCUCCAUACGCAUCUACUUUGACCGGGACCUGCACACGAACAGCCCGCGUUACAGCAAGGGCUCCUACAAUGACUUCAGCUUCGUGACACACGCCAACAAGGAGGGCAUCCCCAUGCGCAAGGGCGAGCACCUGGGCGAGUUCAACCUGGGCUCCACCAUCGUGCUCAUCUUUGAGGCCCCCAAGGACUUCAACUUCAAGCUGAAAGCGGGACAGAAGAUCCGGUUCGGAGAGGCUCUGGGCUCCCUCUAGAGCAUCCUUCUUGGCGGCUGAGGAAAGCUACUGAGGGAGCUUUCUAAAGAGAAACGGGAGGGUCUUUUACGGGGAGCCUCCACGGCUGUCUGGGGCGGGGACAGUCUCAGGGCUACGGGGCCCGGCCAUGCGGGACCUGGCUGACUAGUUCCUGCCGUUCUGAGGUGUGGGUGAGGUCAGAGCCCCUGUCGGCCCUGGACCUACGUCGUCCCUCUUCCCACCCUCAAGAGAAAGAACAGUUGCAGGCCAAGAUGAUCUCAAAUUCCCUUUUGGAGAUUUUUUUAACCUACUGUAUAAACUGGAGACCCUACAUCUCCUGGCUGGGUGUUCAGUUGGUCUUGAUUUCUGUUGUAAGACAGAAGUGGUUAUAUACGUUCUUGCUGCUCUCAUCAUUGCUUUUCAGCCUCCCCUCUGCCUCCCCUGCACUGACUGGGCUGUGCUGCCCCCAGAGCAGCGCCAUGUGGCCUUUAACACAAUGGCUUUCUGUUCCCAGUUCACCCCACCCUGCUUGUUUGGGAAAAGCCGUCUCCUUGCACUUGUGGCUGAACACCUCCUCCUUGACUCCGCCAGCAUCACACGAGGGGGACUGAUGGCAUGGCGUUUGACCGGCCCUAGUGAGUGAACUUGCAGAGCUGGCGAGUCCUCUUUCCAGUAGGCAAGACCAAUUAUUGAACCCCCCGCCCCCCCCGCAGUGGUGUCCAGAGUGAAUGGACAGGCAGGUAGUGGCGGCCAGGGAGGGCCAGGGGAGAGCUCGUUCCACCCCCCCCCCCAUAUCCAGACCCAUAGAAACAUGGUAAGUUGCUGCUAUUGAUUGAGGGGUUUGUGUUGGAGGCAGAGGAAGGAGCCUUGGUGUAUUGGGAGGGGGGCGGAUCAGUGCCUACAACACCUUUCCCCAGGUAACAGGUACACGGUCCUUAGGGAGCCGCGGAUGGUGGGGGCCAGGGUUCAGGUUUCCCGGGGAUGCUGUGAAUUUCUCCUGCAGGAGAAGCCAUUUGAACUCUUUCAACUGUAUCAGUAGCACAGUAUUUUUGUAUGAAAAGUGGGAGACUUCUGACCAGUAACUCAUUUAAUUGCAACAUUUUGAAAUAAAAAAUAAAACUCA